AUGACCGGGGCCCGCUUGGCAGCCACCUUGGCCUUUCUGGAGAUGCUGCAGGGGACGGAGAAAAGGGAAGAGCCGAGGGGUGCCCUCCAGCCAGAGGGGCGGGAAGGAGAGAGCAGCCAGGAGGAGGGCGGGGGCAGCCCCCCCUCACGGCACCGGCGGCGAGUUCAGUUCCUGCUGCCCCACACAGUCAUAGAGGUGCCCCCGCCCCAGGAGGAGGAGAGGGCCUUCUACCAGCGCCUGGAGCGCCUGCUGGGGCCGGCCGGGACAGGCGGCUUUCAGGAACUCUUUGCUGCAGAUGGCUGGGAAGACCUCGCAGGCAGGUCGGGCUCCGAAAAAGAAGGGGUGGAGGAGCAGGCGGAGCCCCACCCCCCACCCCACCCCUGGGCAGCAUCCACGGCAGGGGCCGGAGGGCAGGGCCGCCCUCAGAAAGGCCAGGAGAGCAGCUGGCCUUCCCGGCCUCUGCCGGAAAAGGCCGCCCCCCCGACCUCGCAAGACGUGGCUGAGAUGCCCCCCCCUUCCCAUUUUUGUCCCCCAGAGGGCAAGUGCCUGAGGAAGCGGCUGGUGAGGGGGGCCCCGGGCGAGAGCCGCCGACCCCAGCCGGGCCAGGAAGUGACGGUGAAGCUGCUGGGAGCGCUGGAGGACCUGAGCCUGGUGGAGCGGGACCCCUCGCGGACCUUCGUCCUGGGCCAAGGAGAGGUGGUCCAGGCCCUGGGCCUGGGCGUGCGCUCCAUGCAGCUGGGUGAGGUGGCCCUCUUCCUCGCUUGCCCGGCUUCUGCCUACGGCCACCAAGGCAGAGAGCCAGAUGUUCCCAAGGAGGCGGCGCUGCUGUACGAGGUGACCCUCCUGCAGGUGCGGGACAGUCCUGAUCCGGGGCUCCUGCCGGCUGCGGAGCGCCUCCACCGGGGCCACCAAAAGCGGGCGCUGGGCAACUUCCACUUUGAGCGAGAGGAGUACCGGUGGGCCCUGCGUUCCUACCAGCAGGCGCUGGAGGUGCUGCCCUCGCCGGGGCCAGGGGGCCGGCUGAGUCCCGAGGAGGAAGAGGAAGGGCGGGAGCUGCGGAUCAAGUGUCUCAACAACUGCGCGGCGGCCCAGCUGAAGCUCCAGCGGCUGGAGGAGGCUCUGGCCUCCUGCAAUGAGGUGACCCGGUUGGAUCCGGACAACGUCAAGGCGCUCUACAGGAAGGGCAAGUUGCUGUCUGAGCGUGGGGAGGCUGAGGCCGCCAUGGCCGUCCUGAAGAGAGCCCUCCAGCUGGAGCCCACCACAAAGGCCAUCCACCUGGAGCUCUCCAAACUGGCAAGACGGCAGAGGGAGCAGCCGGGAUCCCCCGGGCCCGGAGGGAUCCCCCAAGAGGACUCGGCAGCCCCAACGGCUGCUGACGGGCACCAGACCAGGGGUUCUGCCCCACAGCGCAGCUGAGCCAAGCGGAGGAGGACCGAGAGGAGAGCUGCCACCGUUGGCCAAGGCAAGGGGAGGGUCUCUCUCUGGGCGCUCCUUCCCAGGCAGGACCGCGAGGGAAGCGUCGCUGCACAAGCCAAGAGGCUGAGCCAUAUUCCUUCAGAGAACAGCGAGAAACAGCAGAGGCGCACGUGGGCGGGGGGGGGGGCUUGAUCCAAGCCAACCAAGCCAGCCCUGGCAGUGCCCUCAUCCCUACACGGGGCUGGCUGCUCUCUCUCCUGGCCUUAGGAGGCAUUUCCUGAAGGCCGCUUCCACCUGCUCUAAACGGACCAUGGCCGUCAGGAUGUUUCUUAAAGACAGACAAAGGCACUCCGUUCGCAAGAUCUGGCGCACCUCCUCCGGUCCUGAUGCUGGUCCUGAUGCUCUGCAGCCCAAGCUUCCUCGGCCGUGGUGUCUCUCUGAUGCUGGCCAGAGACCGUCUCCCAUCACAGCCAAAGCCCUCGGGUGGCAGCCACAGCCUCGCCACCUCCAUGGGCUCUGCUGGAGAAUCUCCUCGCUGCACUAAGCUGACCCCAAGGACCGUCCCGUCCCGCUUCGAUUCAGCCCAGAGCGGCGGCGCCAAUCCCCCAGCGCCCGCUCUGCCUCCACGGGCCUUUGCUACUGUGAGGAGGGAUGACCCUGGCUGUGGGGCUAUCCCCGGCAGAUUUCCUGGACUUUUCUGGUAGGUUUAGCUAGUGAAAUGUUUCACUUUUGGGGGCAAAACCACUCCCUGUAUCAAACUCCCACGUCUCCUGUCCAGAGCAGCAGAGGGAGGAUGGGGCUUUUUCUUUCGUUGCCGGCCCUUGCGGUGACCAGAGUCUCUCGGGGUGCAGUGGCUAAACUGUGGUCCUGCAGCCCAAACUGUGCUCAC